AUGACACCAACACCUGAGUGUCAUGCAGCUCCCGACAACACCACAACACCAGGCCCGAGACCGAAGCCCCAAGCCACGGCGCCCGAGACCGAAGACCCAAGCCCCGGCGCCCGAGACCGAAGACCCAAGCCACGGCGCCGAGACCGAAGACCUAACCCCGGCGCCCGAGACCGAAGACCCAAGCCCCGGCGCCCGAGACCGAAGACCCAAGCCCCGGCGCCCGAGACCGAAGACCCAAGCCCCGGCGCCCGAGACCCGAAGACCCAAGCCACGGCGCCCGAGACCGAAGACCCAAGCCACGGCGCCCGAGACCGAAGACCCAAGCCCCGGCGCCCGAGACCGAAGACCCAAGCCCCGGCGCCCGAGACCGAAGACCCAAGCCACGGCGCCCGAGACCGAAGACCCAAGCCACGGCGCCCGAGACCGAAGACCCAAGCCACGGCGCCCGAGACCGAAGACCCAAGCCCCGGCGCCCGAGACCGAAGACCCAAGCCACGCGCCGAGACCGAAGACCGACGCCACUGCGCCGAGACCGAAGACCCAAGCCACGGCGCCCGAGACCGAAGACCCAAGCCACGGCGCCCGAGACCGAAGACCCAAGCCACGGCGCCCGAGACCGAAGACCCAAGCCACGGCGCCCGAGACCGAAGACCCAAGCCACGGCGCCCGAGACCGAAGACCCAAGCCCCGGCGCCGUCGGUCUCUCCCCUCCGAGACGAGAGGGAAGACGUCCUGAAACCGCUGAAGGAGCAAUAUUGGUCUCCUGAAGGAGGGAUCCGCGAGCUCCACGAGAGAGAAGAGGUCUUACAUCCACCGCUUGGCUCGGGAUUAUCAAGCGAUGCUGACCGUUAA